CAGAGAUAUCAUAUAACAGAAGGCAUUGGCUCCUGAAUGGUACUGUAAAUAGGCGUGUUAGGGGAUAGCGCUGUCAUUCUUACAAUAGAGGCUCAUUGGCGAGAAAGCAAACGCUCGAGCACCAUGAAACUUUUCGCUGCUUGCAUGUUAUCUGUGGUUGCCACUGCCGUUGCGCUGGCUCCGGUCUACCGAGUGGAUGAAGCGAACGAUGGGAUCAGGGGACGUUUCGUUAUAAAGAUCAAGGAUGACGUGGAUGAUGUCGACGCAGUGGUUGAUAAGCUGGUCGACCUCCCUUCAUUCAAACUGUUCCAAGGAAAGGUCUAUCGCCGGUUCUACUACGCAAUCAAGGGAUUCAGUGCGAGGCUUAGCGACGAACUUGUUGAGAUCGUGAGAGGACUGGAUGCGGUUGAUUACAUUCACCAAGAAACUAUUUUCAAGACCCAGUCUGUAGAAUCGUGGGGUCUUGAUCGCAUCGAUCAACGAGAUCUACCCCUCGAUGAUGUCUACACACCGGAUGGAGAUGGUAGUGGCGUUCACGUCUAUGUGAUCGAUACAGGUGUCAACACAAUACACGAGGAUCUAGAAGGUCGGGUAUUUGUCGGAUUUGAUGCCCGGGAGGACGACCAAACCAAAGAUGAUUAUGGUAUUGACUGCAACGGUCACGGCUCGCAUUGUUCCGGGACGGUUGCUGGGACCAAGUACGGUGUCGCUAAAGGCGCAACUAUAAUUGGAGUUCGUGCCUUGAGUUGCGUUGGAUUCGGUAUACUCACUGACAUCACAUCAGCUUAUGAUUACGUCACAAAGAACGCGAUCCACCCAGCAGUGGCUUCAAUGUCUUUGGGUGGAGCCAAGAACCCGUUUGUCGACCGGGCUACUCAAGGCAUGAUCGAUUCGGGUGUAAUAGUUAGUGUGGCCGCUGGAAAUAGCGAUGCAGACGCAUGCACAUUCUCUCCCGCCAAUGUCCCGGAUGCCAUCACUGUAGGUGCCUCCGAUAGCAGUGACACUAGAGCUUACUUCUCGAACUACGGAGAGUGCGUUGACCUUUUCGCUCCAGGUGUUGACAUCACCAGUAUCUGGCACAGCUCCAGGACAGAAACCUAUGUAGCCAGCGGGACCUCCAUGGCGUGCCCUCAUGUAUCAGGAGCCGCUGCUCUUGUCCUCGGCAAGAACCCAACAUUCACCUCCGCACACGUGACCGCUGCAAUCGUAAAUGGCUGCAGCGAUGAGAAGCUUGGCGACCCCAAGGGCUCACCCAAUCGUCUCCUUUACGUUGGAUAGGUUAAUGCAUUAGCCCUUAUUCUGAACUCGAGUUUAAACUAAUAUCCGGUCUGAAGUUUUGAUUUAACUAUGGAAAGCCAGUUGUGAAACAAAUCUCUUACAAUAGAUACUCAAUUUAUCAACUCAUUUGACGCCCAAAUCAUUUAUUAUUUUCCGG